CGGGCUUGAUGCGCUAAAUAUCAAAAACAAAAACGCCCUGUCGUAUCUGGCUUUUGCAAAUUGAGCCAACACUCUUUGCUAUACUUAAAUGCCAACACUCUUUGCUUAUUUAUAAUUUACUCUUUGAUGUAACUAAAUUAUCUUGAUUUUCUUUUAAGAAAUGAUCAAAUUAAAGGGUAUUGAUAAAGGCUAAUCUCAGUACUUCUCUACCUUGCCUCCAAAGACAAUCUUUCUUCAAACUUGAAGUGCAAUCCAAGAAGAAAACCCAAAUUCCAGGUUCCCAAGCUACAAAUAGCCAUCCAUAGCUCCCAUUUUCCCCCAUUGCAGACCAAAUGAAGCAGCUCAGUCUGUCCGCCACAUCUCUUCUCACCCUUCUGACAUGGCAUUUUAUGUUGUCUGGCCAUGCAGGACAAGCAUGCACAUUCCUCAUCCACAACAAAUGCCCAUUCCCCAUAUGGCCUGCCACAGCCUCGAAUGCAGGCCAUCCGGUUAUAGCUGAUGGUGGUUUCUACCUUCCUUCAGGCCAGACACGGCGAGUUACAGCCCCAGACACGUGGAAUGGCCGGAUCUGGGCGAGAACUGGCUGCAACUUCGCGUCGUCCUCUAAGCCUGCCUGCCAAACUGGUGACUGCGAGGGACGACUUGCCUGUAGUGGAAGCAUAGGCCUCCCCCCAGCUACACUAGUUGAGGUGUCUCUGCAGCCAGAUAAGAGCAAACCCAGUUUCUACGAUGUCAGCUUGGUUGAUGGGUAUAACCUCCCUGUCUCUGUUUCUGCAAAGCCCUUUGCAUCCAAUUGCUCCAUUACAGGAUGCUUGAAAAACCUAAACAGCCUCUGCCCAUCAGAGCUUCAGGUGUUGAAUGCCUCUGGACAGGUUGUGGCGUGCAAAAGCGCAUGCUUGGCUUUCGAUCUGGAUGUGUUUUGUUGCAGAAAUGCUUAUGGGAGCCCUGAAAAGUGCAAAAGCAACAUGUACUCUGACAUGUUCAAGGAUGCUUGUCCUUCAUAUUUUAGUUAUGCUUUUGAUACACCCCCACCCUUGGUACGCUGCACUUCUCAGGUGUAUGUAAUAACUUUCUGCCCCUCCAGGUGGGGUGAUCACAUGCCCAUAUAGAUGGCUGCAUUGUAUUGAAAGCCGCUUUGAACUUCAAAGUAUCAGUCUUAAAUAUUGAUUUUUAAUGCUUGGGUUUGUUUUUUUUUUUUCUAUGUAGCAAUUAAUCUCUUCUCUUUC